UUAAGAUAAAAGGGGAUUUCCUUCCCAAUAUUCAACUGUCAGAAACAGGAAAAACAGUUGCAGAAAUAAACACGGAGGGGAGGGAGAGGGCUGCAAAAUUCCAUUGAAGGGCCCUCUCAAAACUCAACCUUUUUUCCAACAAAAAACAACGAAAUUUCGUUUGUGAAUCAUAGGAAUUUUGUUGCUGUUGAUCAAUUAACACAUUCCUAUGGUUCACAAAGUUCAAUUAUUUGAUGCGCCGAUUGAAUGCCCGCACAGUAAACCCUAGUCCGGAAGAAGAGAAAAAAGAUAUGGAUCCGAUCAAACUCCAAUUCCGGGCGGGCCGACCUGGAUUUCGACCCCCCAAUAACAAGCAGCCAAACCCCAUAUCAAAAUGCUGUUUGUACACCACCAUCUCAAUUGCGAUUCUGCUAUUUUGCUACAUUCUGUUGUUUGGGAACAGAAUUAACGAAAACAAGAAAUACGGCGUCGUGAUCGACGGCGGGAGCACAGGGACCAGGAUUCAUGUGUUCAAGUACGACGUUAGGAAUGGGAAUUUGGCUCUCGAUUUCUCCGAGAAGGGCCGGGCGUCGAUGAGGGUGAAUCCGGGUCUGUCAGCUUACGCGGAGGAUCCUCAGGGGGCGGGCGCCGCUGUUGCGCAGCUGGUGGAAUUUGCAAAGAGGAAUGUGCCGAGCGAGCGUUGGGGCGAAACCGAGAUUCGCCUAAUGGCGACGGCUGGUUUGAGGUUGUUGGAGAAGGAAGAUCAAGAGAAGAUCUUGAAUGCUUGUAGGAGGACUUUGGGAGCGUCUGGAUUUAGGUUUCGUGAUGAUUGGGCUAGUGUUAUUUCGGGGUCCGACGAAGGCUUGUAUGCUUGGGUUGUGGCUAACUAUGCUCUUGGAACUCUUGGAGCCGAACCAACACAAACAACUGGUAUCAUUGAACUUGGUGGUGCUUCAGCUCAGGUUACCUUUGUCUCAAAUGAGCCCAUGCCCCAUGAGUUCUCUCGGCAAGUUAAAUUUGGAAAUUUCACUUACAACCUGUAUAGCCACAGCUUGCUUCACUUUGGCCAGAAUGUUGCCUUUGAGUUGUUGAAAGAAUCUCUUCUAUCGGGACACCAAGAAUUGGCUGCCAAAUCUCUUCACAUAGAGAAACCAAUGGAUCCUUGUACUCCUAGAGGAUAUGUCUCUGAAAAGGAGGCGCGGAAGCUCUCUCCUACUUCUUUGGUCGAAAAAAGGAGAUACAUGUCUACUUUGUCACCCAGUGGUAAUUUCUCCGAAUGCCGAUCUGCUUCUUUGAAGCUGCUGCAGAAAGGGAAAGAUAAAUGCUCUUAUCGCACUUGCUACAUUGGGUCAACAUUUAUUCCGAAGCUGCAAGGGAAGUUUCUUGCGACAGAAAAUUUCUUUCACACUUCUAAGUUCUUUAGGUUGGGCCAAAGAUCAUUUUUAUCUGGGCUGGUGGCUGCUGGGGAAGAAUUCUGCAGCGAUGAUUGGUCAAGGUUGACGAAGAAAUACUCAUUUCUCGAGGAAGAGGACCUUAUUCGCUAUUGCUUCUCUUCUGCAUAUAUCGUGGCCAUGCUUCAUGAUAGUCUUGGAAUUGCUUUGGAUGAUCAAAGGAUUCAAUACGCGAGUCAGGUUGACAGCGUCCCGCUCGACUGGGUGCUGGGAGCCUUCAUCCUGCAGAGUGCAGCCGAGUUAGACGUAGAGAAGACAGAUUGGUUGACCCCCGUUAUAGGAGGUGAGUCUUCGCCCCUGCCCCUUCUCUUUGGAAUCUUCCUUAUGGCGGUGCUCGUGUCAUGGUUCGUGUUGAGGAGGCGGAAGCCUCAGCUGAAGACGAUCUAUGAUCUGGAAAAAGACGACGACCAAGUGCCUGAAUAUCUAGACUGCAUGUGAAGAAGAAGUUGCUUGCUGCUGCACUCCCUCGAUCUUGGUUCCCAUCCGAACCCUCCUCUUUGGUGACGCCUCGCUCAAGAAUCGAGAGGCUAGGAGGCCGAUUAUCGAGCAAGUUAAGGAGCGAGUUUUGCCCGGGGCGCACGGCUGCGUUACGGUGAGUACAGUUCUUGUUUGUCCAUAAGUAUAGAAGAAGAGACAGUAUAGGAUUCUGUUUACAUAAUCCAGUGAUUGAGAUUUGCACAAGGGGAGCUCUGCUCACUGCUUCCCUCGAUAGUGUGUAACACGUCAUUUUAACUUUAAUCUUAUUCUCUUUUUGGCUUUGUAAAAGUACACAAACGUUCAAGGUGAAUGAAUGCAUUGAUUUUUUUGUCAAUGUAUAAUUUCAUACCA